UCCCUCUCUCUCAGACAUGGCUCCAUAGGACUGCACAUGGCGGCCAGCGGCCAUGAACCAAAAAAAAGAAAACACAUCAACAACUCACCAAAAAACAACCAAUAAUGCAUCCGUGACAACUUGAUCCGCUUCAUUUUUUGGAUCCAUCACCUUCAUCCUCAGCAAUAUUUGGUUCAUUCUGGUUUUCAAUGUAGGAGGAGGAGGGGGAGGCUGCUUGUUUGCCACAACUCCCCGUUUCUUUAGGUUUUUGCAUUACAACUGGACUGUUUUUGAUUGUUUUUCAUUUUUUGCUGUCUCUACAUAAUAGUCAUGGGUGUGCAAGGUUUCCAGGAGUACAUUGAAAAGCACUGCCCUAGCGCCGUGGUACCGGUGGAGCUCCAGAAGCUAGCCCGGGGGAGUCUGGUUGGGGGCAGCAGACAGAGGCCGCCUCAGUCCCCGUUAAGGCUGCUAGUGGACGCCGAAAACUGCCUUCACCGGCUCUACGGCGGCUUCUACACGGACUGGGUGAGCGGGGGCCAAUGGAACCAUAUGCUGGGCUACCUGGCAGCUCUAGCCAAAGCCUGCUUCAACGGCAACAUCGAGCUGCUGGUGUGUUUCAACGGCGCCUUGGAAAAAGGCCGACUCCACGAGUGGGUCAAGAGGCAGGUGAACGAGAGGCAAACGGCCCAGCAAAUCGUCAGCCACGUUCAGAAUCGCGGCACUCCGCCGCCCAAAGUCUGGUUCUUGCCCCCGGUGUGCAUGGCCCACUGCAUCCGCCUGGCGCUGCUCAGGUUCCGGAUAGGAGUUGUCCAGAGCAUUGAGGAUCAUCACCAGGAAGUAAUCGCCUUAUGCAGAGAGAAUGGUUUCCAUGGCUUGGUGGCCUACGAUUCCGACUAUGCUCUGUGCAACAUCCCGUACUACUUCAGCGCCCACGCUCUGAAACUCAGCCGCAACGGCAAAAGCCUCACCACCAGCCAGUACCUGAUGCACGAAGUUGCCAAGCAGCUUGAUCUCAAUCCAAAUCGCUUUGUCAUUUUUGCUUCACUUUUAGGGAAUCACAUUUUGCCUGAUGAGGAUCUUGCGGCCUUUCACUGGAGUUUACUCGGUCCAGAGCACCCGUUAGCAUCUCUGAAGGUUCGUGCCCACCAGCUUGUGCUUCCUCCAUGUGAUGUUGUGAUAAGGGCUGUGGCAGAUUAUGUUCGCAACCUGCCGGACAUCAACAACCUGGAAGCUAUUGCUAAAGACAUAUUCAAGCACUCCCAGUCCAGGACCGAUGACAAACUUGUCCGCUUCAAGAAGGCAGUGGAGUAUUACUCAGCCGCCAGCAAACCUCUCCAGUCCUCUCCUUAUAUAGUCAGACCAAAGCGGCUCGGGGUUCCUGCAGCUGUGCCACACUACACACACACACCUCCGCAGAUGCUCAACAUUCCUCAACCUGCCAUCCAGCUGCAGUCUGGGGUCCAGCAAAACCCCUCUGGGCCGGAGCCGGCGGCUAAAGGGCUUUCGGAUCAGAACAGCUUCGGCAACAUUCCGCACGAAGGCAAGCACCACACACCACUGUACGAGAGGGCGUCUCCCAUCAACCCGGCAAACCCAGGCAGCCCCAACCAUACUGAGCCAGCCUUCUUCAACACCUCCUCUGCUUCUUCUUCUUCUGAGAACGAGGAGCCUGCAGGCCCCACUGCCAAUCAUAUAAGUGACCAUAAGGGAUGGGACAAGCAAAGAAAUCAAAUAGACAAUGUCCCAGAAGGAGAUGUGGGGGACCAAAAUAAAUCUGAUCCUUCUGUGACCUCCUCCGUGGGUCAGGGCCUGGAGGUCGGAGGUCAUCACGGAAUCAACGCCCAGAUACCAUCUCUGCUGUCAAUGCCAACCAGGAACCACAUGGACAUUACCACCCCUCCACUGCCCAUGGUGGCUCCCGAGGUCCUACGGGUUGCAGAACACAGACACAAGAAGGGCCUCAUGUACCCUUACAUCUACCACGUCCUCACCAAGGGUGAGAUUAAGUUAUCAGUCACCAUUGAAGAUGAAGCUAACAAGGACCUGCCAUCUGCGGUGCAGCUCUACCGGCCGAUCCGUCAGUACGUUUAUGGAGUUUUGUUUAGCCUGGCCGAGGCAAAAAGAAAGGCAGAGAGACUUGCAAUGAGGAGAAAUCGCCUGCCAGAGUAUCAGCCUGUUAUUAUAAAGGAAUGGGCAGCUUACAAGGGCAAAUCUCCACACACUCCGGAGCUGGUGGAGGCACUGCCAUUUCGUGAGUGGACCUGCCCCAACCUGAAGAAGCUUUGGCUGGGCAAAGCUGUGGAAGAUAAAAACCGGCGCAUGAGGGCCUUCCUGGCCUGCAUGAGGUCCGACACACCGGCCAUGCUGAACCCUGCCAAUGUCCCCACUCCACUUAUGGUGCUCUGCUGUGUACUCCGGUUUAUGUUACAGUGGCCAGGAGUAAGAAUUUUGCGUCGUAAUGAACUUGAUGCUUUCCUAGCCCAGGCACUUUCUCCUAAACUUUAUGAGCCUGACCAGCUGCAGGAACUGAAGAUCGAUAACCUGGACCCCCGCGGUGUCCAGCUGGCAGCUCUCUUCAUGAGUGGAGUGGACAUGGCCCUGUUUGCCAACGACGUGUGCGGGCAGCCCAUUCCCUGGGAGCACUGCUGUCCAUGGAUGUAUUUCGAUGGCAAGCUACUGCAGAGCAAACUGAUCAGAGCCACCCGGGACAAAGCUCCGCUCAUUGACCUCUGUGAUGGUCAGGCUGAGCAGGUUGCUAAGGUGGAGAAGAUGCGUCAGAGUAUCUUGGAGGGUUUGAACUUUUCUCGGCCACCUCCCCUCCCCUUCCCACCACCGCCUCCACAUGCCAUGCCCUUCUACCCCCCCAACGGCACCUUCUACCCCCCUCCGCCACUUCCCCCUCCACCAGGCCGAGGAAGGGCCAUGCCUGUAGGACUCCAGCCCAUCCCCUCUCAGGGUGGUAAGUUGGAGAUAGCUGGCACAGUGGUGGGUCAGUGGGCAGGUGCUCGGCGAGGCCGGGGACGAGGCUCCUUUCCUAUUCAGGUGGUGUCAGUUGGUGGACCAACCAGAGGACGACCAAGAGGUGUGAUUUCCACACCUGUUAUAAGGACCUUUGGCCGAGGAGCCAGAUAUCAUGGGAGGGGUUUCAAGAGUCAGGGAUCAUACCAGAUUAAGCCUGCGUACUCUGCGUCUGUCAGCGAGGUGGUGAAAGAGCGAAAGAAGCCGAAGGUGGAUAGCAAAACGUCCUCUGAGGGGUCAGCUGCGGCCGAGAAUGGCCUGGAGGUCCGUGAGGCGGAACAAGUGAACGGAAACAAAGUGGACAGCAGGGGUCCCCACCAACCGGAAAGUGCCUUUAGCAACGACUCCAAAAUGUGCAAUAUUAAUCCUCAUUUAAAUGCACUAAAUGCGGACAGCGAGCACCACAGAGACGAAGCUGUGGACGCCUCUGUGUUAAAAACAGAAGAGUAAACCUAUUUUUAUAGAGAGGGCGAAGGAUGUUGGAAGGUUCAGGGUUAAGGAAAAUCCGGAAAGAUGGAAAGCCUGCAGUUGGUGAACAUUUUUUCCUCUCCGAAAAGCGAUAAAUAUGAGGACUUACUGUAUGAAAUUUUUAAAGAAAUCCCUCUUUGAUGUCAGCGAGUUAAAAACUGCGAGUAACGACGAUAUUUCUCAGUUUAAAAAAGGAUAAAAAACAACAUAAAGACAUAAAGUAUACCAGUUUCUUAGAGAAUAAUACCAGUAUAAGGAGUUAAGGCUACUCCUUCCUCACUGAUAUAUUUACCUGUUUCAAGACUGGUUACACAGACAUUUUAUUUUACGUUCUCUUGAAUUGCUGAAGCCGAGAAAACCUUCAUUUGGCGGUCGGUUAGUAUCUUAUAGGUUGAGAUGUUCUACCAGUACUUGGCACCAUAUAUAUAUUUGCCAUUGUAAUUGAAUUUGUGUUGUGUCACAGUAAAUGCUUUUUUUUUUUUUUUGAGAAGUAAAACUCACAACAGAAAAAGAGAGAGAGCAAGAAUACAUUUCUCACUUGGGUCAUCACUGUGGGUUUACUUGUGCUAAAAAAAUUAAAAUAAUGUGCAGAAUUGUUUGGAAAUUAAGUAACUAGUAUAUAAAUACUGCAGCUUUAGGUUCUAAUGAUCAGUGUCAUACUUUAGCGUUGUAAGAAACAUCAAGAAACAGACAAAUCGCAGAACGAUCCGAUGAAAAAACACCAGUGUUUUCUUUGUCAGAAAUUGCCAUGCACCAGUGAUCGAUUAUCCGUGUGGUUUCUUGAAUCAAUUGUAGAACAUUAGUACGACGGUUUCAGCAACUUUUCUGCAUGGUUUCACGGUUCAAAACAAGUGUGUAGUUAUUAUGCAUGUUGUCCUUUUUCUUCCAUCUCUACAAGUACUGUGCCCAUUUGCAAAAUCUUAAAAAUGGCUAAUAAUCAGUAAUAGUCCUAUAAAAGGUGUUAACUGUUAGUAACUGAUUUGCGCUAACCUUAAAAUUUUUGUGAUUAUUGACCUCUGUUGCAUUUACUCAAAAUAAAAAAGUAUCAGAUGUUAUCUAGCCACUUUAAAUAUUGUUAACCCUGGUGUACUCAUCCAUCUCUGUAUCCAUUCUUGUUCUUUGUUGCUGUUUUUUCUGCAUUCAUAUUAGCAAAAAAAACCAAAAACAUCUGUCUGGGGAUAAAAAAAAAGAAAGCUUUGAUCUUCAAAUGCCCCCUCUUAGCCUGAAACAAAUGAAACGUAUGACCCUCCCAUUUGAGAGUUUAGCGUAAGCAGGUAAACUUGUAAUCAUUUUCGGUGUUUACUUUAGUGUUUUCGGAGCUUAUUCUACUUCUGAACAAGAAUCAUUACUUAAAAAGUUUUCCAUCUAAUCCUCCUGAUGCUUUUCAUUGCACAUUAGUGAUCAGAAAUAUGGUGUAUUCCCCUGCCCGCAAGACUAAAUAGGUUACCUUAAUGUAAGUUGAUCGGAGUUUUUCCUAACUCAUGGGGUGUAAAAGAAUGAUCUACUGUUGGGUUUGAGUGAUUGUUGAUGGAUUGUGGUGUGAUGUAUUUUGAAGGAAAUUGAAUGCAACUUACAAUGCUUAAUAAAAGUCUUUAUUCUUUUAGUAUAA